CUAAAACAUAAUACAGUGCAAACAAACCAAACCAACCACCCACAGAUAACAGUACAUACAAGCAAGCGUCGUCAGGCAGGCCGGGUCAAUAUCAAUAGGCAGGUAGGUACAGGGGGAGCAAGCGGAGAUGGGUCGGGGUCACAGGCCAGGUUCAGCAGGUAGCAAGCAGCGUGGUACAGAGGGUCAGGCAGAGGGAUGGUCAGGAGCGAGCCGGGAUCAGAGCAGGAGAAGUCAGCAGCGGUUCAGAUCAGGCAGGGUCAGCAAAGGAACAGAAACAGGAUGCAGGACAGAUACAGGGCCCAGGGACAAACACAACACCCAGGCAGAGUCUGCAAGUCUGGCC